CUGUGACGAAAUCCGGAUUCAGGAAGGGCAUCGCACCUCUUAGUAAAAGCGUCGCUGGGUCUUCCCUUCGGAUUUCUCUUCGUCGCAAUCUUAGUCCUAUGGAAAGAAAGCAAUAUUGCUUUGAAGAAUUGUGGCUGCAGCCAGGCUGCAGGAACCAGGCUCUGCCAGUUGUGUCAUGGUACCACCGUAAACGCUGGGUAUGCUCCCAUUCCGGGCAAUUGAGAGCCAGACAUUGAGCAACCUGGAGAGCGUCUAGCCCAGCUACGUGGCAACGAAAACAAGUAGAUCCUGAUCCUCACAAGGCCUCACCCGCCGUGAUCUAGUCGUUCCUGCUUAUGCUGUACCACUCUGGCAGCUAAGCGAGGCUAAGGAAACCUGUCAGCCGACUGCCCGCUUCAGAAGCUGCUGGGUAUUACCCUGUCCCACAGAAUUUCAACUUCACCUAACUGAACAGGUCACAACUUCAUUAAUGUUUGCCACGACGACCAGUUUCCCCAAAGACCUUGUGCACCAUGUUUACACAAGAGACGAAGACCUUCCAUUUACACAUGAUGGCAACGAUGCAUUCAUUGCCAACAGCCGCAACGUCGACAGGGUCAAAAGAACCUCUGGCUCUGACGGGGGUCUACUGUAUGCCCGGAAAACCCUUACAAUCGAUGAGCGAGGUAAAGAAGGCCCAGUGGCUAAACGAAAACUCCUCGAGGAAGCAAAAACUCUCCUCCAAGCUCGCCAUGGCCACGUCGUGAAACUUAUCGAGACGUACUUUUUUGUGUCCGAGCAUUAUACCCGUUUCGCAAUCGUCAUGGAGCGUGCAGAUGCGAAUCUGGACGUUUAUCUUACUCACAGGACGAGUCUCAAGAAAAUUAGUCAAUUAGCGGGAUGGUUUGGAUGCCUAGUAGGCGUCACUUCCCAUAUACAUGGGUUGGGCAUACGACACAGGGACAUUAAGCCCUCGAAUAUCCUAAUCAAGGGUAAACGAGUCCUCUUGGCAGAUUUUGGCAUAUCAAAAAUGGGCCUUGGUAAAACGAUGCCAACGACGAUACCUGCGUUUGCUCGUGAGAGGACAAAGGAUUAUUGCGCUCCCGAGGUAGAAGAUGGAAGCACCCGCGGUCGGUCAGCGGACAUCUUCUCCUUAGGGGCAGUGUUUCUCGAAAUGCUUAUAGCUCAUUCCUAUUAUCCAGAGCGUCAAAGUCUUGAUGACAAAUUAACGUCAGACGGCCAUCGUUCUUACGCCAGAUCUGUUGAUCAGGUGCACCAGUUUAUGGACAGAAUAGAGCGAGAGUUGCGACCGGACAAGUGGUUCCUCAAAGUUAUCUCACACUGUCGGGCGAUGUUACACGUGGAGCGAGAUCAACGGCCGUUAGCCGAUGAGUUAAAUUUGGCUUGGCUGAGCCUGCAGCCCUCAGAUCUCCCGCUGGCUCCUUGCACAUGUUUUAGGGGUGUAGACGUAUCGGACGACAACAAGCUAGUUGAGCUAUGUAGGACUGGUUCACUAGAACAAGUGGAAGCCUACCUCGCUAGUGGACGAGACCCGAAUACCUUAGGAGCGAUACAUCAAGCCUCUGCCCGUGGCUGUGGGAAAAUUGUGCAGAGUUUGCUACUGCAUAAGGCUGAUGUCAACCUAAGGGACUGUAGCGGGCAGACGGCACUUCAUUGUGCCGCUGGAUAUGGGCACACGGAGGUGGUUGGAAUGUUACUAGAGAAGGGGGCCGAUGUUCAGCUAAAGGAUGACGAGGGACAGACAGUGCUUCAUUGUGCGGCUGGACAGGGGCAUCGGAGCGUGGUUGAAUUAUUACUAAGCAAGAAUGUUGAUAAUCAGGCAACGGACGCAGAGGGACGGACUGCACUUCACUUUGCGGCUAGAAGGGGACACGGCGACGUGGUUAGAAUGCUGUUAAGCGGAGGCGCCCACACUGAAGUAAUGGAUGCUAAAGGGCGGACAGCACUUCAUUUCGCGGCUGGAUAUGGGUCUGAAAAAGUGGUCGAAAUGCUUCUGAAGGCUGUAGACAAAUAUGUCAUUGACGCACAAGAUGUAGACGGACAAACGGCGCUUCACUUUGCGGCUAGAGGAAAGCAAGCUAGAGGGAAGUACGACGCAGUAAGAAAAAUGCUAAUAGAAAAGGGGGCCGAUCCACGCUAAAGGAUUGCAGUGGACGGACAGCGUGUUGGCAUGGAGAGUGAUGACAGCACACUGAUGUCCCAGGGAAGGUACGCGGGAGAGAACCGCACUAUGCGCUUAACGUACCUGAUGAGUUGCAUUUGAUAACGGCAUGCGGACUGUAAAAACGCCCGCUUAUGGAAGUCCUCGCUCGAUUGACCUUCUAGGGCUUUUUCCUAAUCGCGGAAUGUAGUAUUUUAGAUGCAUUCCAUCUCUGAUUCUGGUAUAUCAAGUGGAACUCUUGUGAAAUCGUUACUUAGUUUCUAUUGCAUCGUUUGGCUUGGUUCUAGUCGCUCUAAUUUGCUACUUAGGCGAUAAAUAAGACUGACUUCAUUACGUCUCUAUCUAUAGAUAAUGAAGUGGCCCUUGUGUAGACAGUAUAGAUGUUUCCUUUGCAAUAUAUUGCAUUAAAGAAGGCUUAACAAUUGAAACCUUUAUCUCUGG